AUGACUAAGGUUGCGAAUGUCUUCUGCGGCUGUUUCUGUGCCCCGCGGCGUGAGCGUAUUCCCGUGGACAUAAGAAAUUUGAGGGAGGAGGUAAUAACGAAACAUAUUAAGCUACCAAGUUAUAUAACUUUAAAAUACACCCAUUUUCUGACACAGACAUUCCAAAAACUACAACUUAACGAGAGAAUACUAAUGGACAGAAUGGACUCUAGUAUUCAAAGUGCAUCAACCUCCGGGAAAAUAGUACCGGAGUCAACUCCUCCAGAAGAAGCUGUCUCUGACGCUUGCUCCACAGCUUCCUCAGUUGGCGAAAUAGCUGUAGGAACAACAACAGAACCCUUAAAAAACAGAGCAAAAUUGAACUACGCAUCCUCAGGGGAGUUAACCGCUGAUAUGGUUAGCAGAGUGGAAUCGUUCGCGGAUGCCCUGUCACAUCAUACUACGAGGUCAGGGUCGUUCGAUAUGAAGAACGUUUCAGAUGAUGGUUUCGAUGCUCAGGAAAUAUUUGAAAGGUUCGUUAGAGAUGCAGAUGAACAGGGAAUUCAUAUUCGUAAAGCUGGGGUCACUAUGGAAGACGUUACUGCUGAAGGUGUGGAUGCCUCCGCUUUGGAAGGUGCCACAUUUGGGAACGUAUUAUGUUUGCCAUAUACAAUUUACAAGGGAAUAAGGGCGAGAAGGAACAGGAAAUGGAGAAAGAUUAUACAGAAUAGUUAUGCCCUUGCUAAACCGGGUGAAAUGAUUCUUGUUCUAGGGAGACCAGGUGCAGGAUGCUCUUCAUUCUUGAAAGUCAUUGCAGGUGAAAUUGAUCAAUUUCCUGGCGGUGUGAAAGGGGAAAUCACUUAUGAUGGUAUUCCUCAAAAGGAAAUGAUGAAACAUUAUAAAUCAGAUGUUAUAUAUAAUGGAGAAUUGGAUGUACAUUUCCCACAUUUAACUGUGCAACAAACUUUGGAUUUCGCGUUGGCUUGUAAGACACCAGCUAAGCGGGUUAACAAUAUUUCCAGAGAUGAAUAUAUAAAAUCGUCCAGAGAGUUAUAUGCCACUAUCUUUGGUUUAAGACACACAUAUAACACAAAAGUUGGGAAUGAUUUUGUCAGAGGUGUGUCAGGUGGUGAACGUAAACGUGUCUCCAUUGCUGAAGCUCUUGCUGCCAAUGGUUCCAUUUACUGUUGGGACAAUGCCACUAGAGGUUUAGACGCAUCCACUGCCCUUGAGUACGCUAAGGCAAUCCGUAUCAUGACUAACCUUUUGGGAUCCACCGCUUUUGUUACUAUUUAUCAGGCCAGUGAAAACAUAUAUGAAACUUUUGACAAAGUAACCGUGCUAGCGAAGGGCCGUCAAAUCUAUUUUGGUAAGAUCGAAGAUGCAAAGGCUUAUUUUGAAAAUAUGGGAUAUAUAUGUCCUCCUAGACAAGUUAUGGCCGAAUUUCUAACAGCAAUUACGGAUCCCAAUGGGUACCAUAAGAUUAAAUCUGGCUUUGAAAACAAAGUGCCUGUCACUCCCGUAGAACUGGAAGAGUAUUGGCAUAAUUCACCAGAGUUUGCAAAAUUGAAAGAAGAUAUUACAACAUAUAAGACAAACGUAGAUACUGAGAAUACAAGAGAAAUGUACAAAAAAUCUAUGAAAGAAGAAAAAUCAAAACAUUCAAGUAAAAAAUCAUUCUAUACCGUUUCAUUUUGGGAACAAGUACGGCUUUGUACCAUUAGGGGAACUCAAAGGAUUUAUGGUAAUAAGACAUACACAGUUAUUAAUAUAUGUUCUGCCAUUAUUCAAGCAUUUAUCACUGGUUCAUUGUUCUACAAUAUCCCCUCUGAUACCAAUGGUGCCUUUUCGAGAGGGGGUGUGUUGUAUUUCACUUUAUUAUACUACUCUUUAAUGGGUUUAGCAAAUAUGUCAUUUGAUCAUAGACCUAUAUUACAAAAGCAUAAAGGUUAUUCAUUAUACCAUCCAGGGGCUGAAGCUAUUGCCAGCGCUCUUGCAGCUUUCCCUUUUAGAAUGAUCGGACUAACCUGCUUCUUUAUUAUCAUCUUUUUCUUAACUAAUUUACACAGAGCCCCAGGUCCUUUCUUUAUGAUGUACCUUUUCCUAACCAUGUGUUCGGAAGCUAUUAAUGGUCUUUUCGAAAUGAUCGCUGCUGGGUGUGAUACACUAGCUCAAGCAAACUCCAUUGCUGGUAUUUUGAUGUUGUGCAUUUCAUUAUACUCCAGUUAUAUGAUACAACUACCCUCAAUGCAUCCAUGGUUUAAAUGGAUCUCAUAUAUUAUUCCAAUCAGGUAUGCCUUCGAAUCGAUGCUUAAUGCCGAAUUUCAUGGAAGACAUAUGGAUUGUGGUGGUACUCUUGUGCCAACAGGUCCAGGAUACGAAAACGUGUCAAGUGAGAAUAGAGUUUGUGCGUUUGUCGGUUCCGAACCUGGUCAAUCCUGGGUUCUUGGUGAUGAUUAUUUAAAGAAACAAUUUACUUACGAGUACAAGCAUCAAUGGAGGAAUUUUGGUAUUAUGUGGUGUUUCCUAAUUGGUUAUAUGUUUAUUAAAGCAUUCAUCACCGAACAUAAGAGACCAGUUAAAGGUGGUGGUGACGCUUUAUUAUUCAAGAAGGGUAGUAUAAGGUAUAACGAUGUUAAUGACUUAGAAUCAUCUGAUAACUCUAAUGAUACUGAAAUCAAGGACAAAUUUACUAGUACUACAAUUUCCACUGAUGAAGAAGGAGCAUUCGAGGAAUUGGAAUCCAAGGGUGUCUUUUUAUGGAAAGAAGUCUGUUAUACAAUUCCAUACGAACGUGGUAAGCGUAUGCUUUUAGACCAUGUUUCUGGAUAUUGUGUACCUGGUACAUUAACAGCAUUGAUGGGUGAAUCUGGUGCAGGGAAAACAACUUUACUAAAUACCUUAGCCAAGAGGAACGAAAUCGGUGUGGUGACCGGUGAUAUGCUUGUGAAUGGACGUCCCGUUGAUGCUAGUUUUGAAAGACGUACUGGCUAUGUUCAACAACAAGAUAUCCAUAUUGCAGAGUUAACUGUCAGAGAAUCUUUACAAUUCUCAGCUCGCAUGCGUCGCUCAGAGCACGUGUCAGAUGAAGAAAAGCUAGCUUAUGUGGAGAAAAUCAUCCGUGUUCUGGAAAUGGAGGAAUUUGCUGAUGCAUUGGUUGGUGCUAUUGGAUGUGGUUUGAAUGUUGAACAAAGAAAGAAAUUGUCUAUUGGUGUGGAGUUGGUUGCUAAACCUGAUUUAUUAUUAUUUUUGGAUGAACCCACUUCUGGUUUGGACUCUCAAUCUUCCUGGGCCAUCGUUCAAUUGUUGAGGAAAUUAGCUCAAGCUGGUCAAUCUAUCUUGUGUACUAUCCAUCAACCUUCUGCUACGUUAUUUGAACAGUUCGAUAGAUUAUUAUUAUUAAAGAAGGGUGGUCAAACUGUUUACUUUGGUGACAUUGGUGAAAAUUCUGAGAUAUUAUUGAAAUACUUCGAAAAAAGCGGUGCAAGGAAGUGUGAUCGUAAGGAAAAUCCAGCAGAGUAUAUUUUAGAAGCUAUUGGAGCCGGUGCAACUGCCUCAGUCAAGGAAGAUUGGCAUCAAAUUUGGCUGGACUCUGCAGAACACCAUGCUGCCGAAGAAAAAGUUAGCCAAAUGAUAUCUGAGUUAAGUCAAAAAAGAGAUGAAUCUGAUAUUGGAGACAAAGCCACUAAAUACGCCACUUCUUAUAGAUACCAAUUUGGGUUUGUCCUAAGAAGAACAGGUAUAACAUUUUGGAGAAAUUUGAAUUAUAUCAUGUCAAAAAUGAUGCUUAUGACCGUUGCAGGUUUAUUUAUUGGGUUUACAUUUUUUGGUGUUGGAAGUAGUUUUACUGGUCUCCAAAAUGCCAUGUUCACAGCAUUUAUUUCAAUCAUCGUUUCCGCACCAGCUAUGAAUCAAAUGCAGGCUCGAGCUAUUGCUGCUAGAGACUUAUAUGAGGUCAGAGAAUCCAAGUCUAAUAUGUUCCAUUGGUCUUUAUUGUUAAUUACCCAAUAUUUGAAUGAACUGCCUUAUCAUUUAUUCUUCUCAACCAUUUUCUUUGUUUCAUCGUAUUUCCCCUUAAGAAUAUUCUUCGAAGCCUCUAGAUCCGGUGUUUACUUUUUGAAUUAUUGUAUUAUGUUUCAAUUGUAUUAUGUUGGGCUAGGGUUAUUGAUUCUUUAUAUGUCCCCAAAUUUACCAUCAGCAAAUGUUUUAUUAGGUUUGGCAAUGUCGUUCUUAAUUGCAUUUUGUGGGGUGACCCAACCUGCAUCCCUAAUGCCAGGCUUUUGGACAUUUAUGUGGAAGACUUCCCCAUAUACUUAUUUUGUUCAGAAUUUGGUAGGUAUUAUGCUUCAUGAGAAACCUGUUAUAUGUACGAAGAAGGAAUUAAACUUCUUUGACCCACCUGCUGGACAGACAUGCGGUCAGUACAUGGCUCCCUUCCUGUCAAGGGCUACUGGUUAUAUUGCAGAUCCUGAUGCUACUUCUAAUUGUGCUUACUGCUUAUACUCUGUUGGUGAUGAGUAUUUGACAAGAAUUAGCGCCUCCUACAGUUACUUAUGGAGAAACUUUGGUAUCUAUUGGGCUUACAUUAUCUUUAACUUAUUUGCCAUGGUCACUCUCUACUACAUUUUCCACGUUAAGAAGUUAUCUAUAUUUAAAUUAAAACCAGUCAAGAGGCUAAUCAGGAAAAUAGGGGGCACUGCGCAAGAGACUAUGUCGUAA